AUGGCGCUCUCAACCUCACUGUAUCCUCCACACAAAGACAACCGACUGAAGCUCUCAUCGCUUCUGUCUCCGCCAGAGACAAGGCAAGGCGACAGCUUUCAUUCUCCAAUGUCGCAGACGAUGAAUCGCUCUCCGCUUUCCUCUUUCUCCUCAGAGAUUGCGCCCACGCGCAUGCAGUCCAUCAUCUACCAAUCCUCAUCGAAAGGCCUCGAUAGCAAAGAGUCGCUGCUACUAUCGCCACCUAUCUCGCCUUUGACCGCAGGGGGAAAGGACAGUGCGCGUGCGCCGGUGGAGAACAACGAUCGCGAUCCACAGCUGUUCGACAGCGAUCGACCGACCGCGGAAGACUUCACACUGUUCCCAUCGGAACACUUCGAUCCUCAGCAUGAAGCAAUCGUCUCGCAACACAUCAGCAAGAGCCAGGACGCUGACCCGGCCAGUCGACCGACAAAGGAAGAAUACCUCCUGUUCGUCUCGACGGUGGCAAAGAACUACAACAGAGACCCACAAGCCUGGAUGCGGAGGGAGAGGGAGAUUCUGUCAAAAUACAAGCCGUUCAGAGUAGUGAAGCCGUCGGCGUCCACAAAUGGGCUUAGAAGAAUUGCUCCGGCGCCUUCCAGCGGCCCUCGCAAGUCCAAGCCCGCGCUUGCCAUCCCUCGGAUACCUCGCGCACCUCGUCAGAAGCGUACGCCACAGGUGCAAGUGCUAGACUCUUUCGAACAAAUGAACUCUCCGACACCCAAGGCACCUCGGCCGGCAGCCAACCGUGACGAUGUCGAUUACCACUCGCUUCCCGAUUUCUCACCCAACGCUUUCGCCACUCUUCGCGACAACAAGAGUUUGAAGGCGGAUUGGAAAGGUCAGAUGCUCGACUUAUCGACCGACCCAGACAGACAUCUGCUUCAUCCGGCCGAGGUCACACUUGCCGCCACUCUCCGUCUCUCCUGCGCCACAUACCUCUGCAGCAAGCGACGCGUAUUCAUCUCUCGCAUUGAUGCUUUGCGCAUCGGUAAAGAAUUUCGGAAGACGGACGCUCAGCAGGCUUGCAAGAUCGACGUCAAUAAGGCCAGCAAACUCUGGUCUGCUUUCGAAAGAGUUGGCUGGUUCAACCGCGAUUUCUUUCAGAAGUACAUCUAA